AUGUCCUGUUCCCUUGACACCUCGAGCCUCACCCGUUUUCUCUUUUUUUUCUCUCUUCCGCCCUCCCUCCCCAAACCCUCCCACCCCACACCCCCGCCUUCCUCCCCAGCAGGGACCACAGCCAGUUCCAAUGCCGGCGCCAUGAACUCGCUGACCUCUCUGGGCACCCUGCAGGGCCUGGCGGGCGCAACCGUGGGCCUGAACAACAUUAACGCACUAGCAGGUAGCGUCAACAGUGAGUAUUCACCCUGCCAUCAGCCACACCACCUCCAUCUCCACCUCCGAGCGUCCACGCCCGACAGCAUCCUCAUCGCCACACCCCGUAUGGCGGCCCUGAACGGAGGCCUGGGCGGGGCGGGGCUGACCAACGGCACGGCCGGCACCAUGGACGCGCUGACGCAGGCCUACUCAGGGAUCCAGCAGUACGCCGCCGCAGCGCUGCCCACCCUCUACAGCCAGUCCCUGCUGCAGCAGCAAGGGGCCGCCGGCAGCCAGAAAGAGGGUCCGGAAGGCGCCAACCUCUUCAUCUACCACCUGCCCCAGGAGUUCGGAGACCAGGACAUUCUGCAGAUGUUCAUGCCUUUCGGAAACGUGGUCUCCGCCAAAGUCUUCAUCGACAAACAGACAAACCUUAGCAAGUGCUUCGGCUUCGUCAGCUACGACAAUCCAGUGUCGGCACAGGCGGCCAUCCAAGCAAUGAACGGCUUCCAGAUCGGUAUGAAGCGGCUGAAGGUCCAACUGAAGCGCUCCAAGAACGACAGCAAACCAUACUGA